UAUAAGUUAUUAUUAAGAUAUUAUCUGUGGUUUAUAUUGUGGUUGAUAAAUGACUUUAUCUAUGAUAAAUGACCAUGACAAAAAACAUAACCACACAUAAGCUGAUGUUUGAAGUUUAUAUGAAAACAACAAGUUAAUAAGUGAUUUAUUAAAACUUAAAUCUCUCUAAAUGCAGAAUGAGUGCCUAUGAACAUUUACUUUAUUAUGCUAGAGAAAUUGUAAAUAUAAAGAAGAAUUUGUGGCCAAAUUGGCCAAACAGUUUGAUAGACUGCCUUAUAAAAGCCCUACAUACUGGAGAUGUGGAGAAGUUUAAGGAAUUAGUUGAUAACUGCUUGGAUAUUAAUCACCCUAAUGAGAGAGGAUUUUCUUUAAUCCAUCUCGUAAUUUUAGUUGAGAACUUAGAUAUUCUUGAUAUUUUGUUGCAACGUCCAGAUAUAAAUUUGAACGUGCAGUUUUUGGGAGAAACACCUUUGAGUCUCAGUUUACAAUUGGAGAACUUCAAGGAGCCAGCAAUUAAACUUAUAAAUGCAGGUUGUGAUGUAACAAUUCCUAAUGAUGAUUUUAUAACACCACUACAGUUGGCUGUAUCCAAAAAUUCCUUAGAGGUGUGUGAAGCUCUUGUCAAACAUGGUGCAAAUGUUAAUGCAGCUGAUUUUUAUGGGGCAACUCCCUUACAUGAAGCAGUAUCUGAUCCAGUGAAAGUUCCAAUUAUUCAAAUGCUUUUAUUUUAUGGAGCAGACCCUACUUAUAGAUGUGAUGAUGGCUACACUCCAUUCAUGAGAAGCCUUCACAGUUAUGAUGCUGCAAUGGAACUGUUAGAGUAUGAAGUAGACUUUAAUAUUUCUACAAAAGACCAUUUAAGAUCAAGUACACUGUUGCUUGCACUGUCUUUUAAAAAUCCUAUUGCUUUUGAAAUCAUAAAAAGAGGUGGUGAUGUGAAUUAUGUGAGUACUUUAGGUGAUCAUCCACUGCAAGAUGCCAUAUUUUGGAAAGACCCUACUAUGUUUAAAGAAUUAUGGUUGAGGAUGGACAAAGAAGUGAUUUUCUGUACUUCAUUUCCUAUACUAGAUUUAUAUUUUUCUGAAUUUUGUCACUUUAAUGUGAACGAAUGGAUUGACUGUUUAUAUGAAAUUUUUGAGUCUGAUAUUGCAUUUGAUAUUGUAGAUAGUUAUGUAUGUCUGACAAGAAAUCCCUUUAGUUCUGUGAUUGAAGGCUUAGCUGCUCGAAUGGUACCAAAAGAAGAUAGAAUUAAGAUCAUUUAUUUAUUUCUGUCUCAUUCAAUGCCUGUAGAAAGCAAUGAUGUAUACUUAAUGUACAAGCAUUUUGGAUACAAUGAAGAAGUUGAGGCUUUAUUGCUAACAGAAAUUGAUCAAAGCCCAUUCACAGUAAACAGUUGUUUACUACCUAGUCUGCUGUUAACCAUUCAUUCUGAUGUAAAUACUAUUGUUAAGUCGUUUAUAGAAGAUUAUGUUCCCACUUUUUCAUUUCCUUAUUUUUUGAAAGAAGUUUUACUUAUGUUCCAAUACUGCACACCAACUGAGGAGUUUAAAACUGUGUAUUUUCAAACUAUAGUACCUAUGAUUGAUUUCGUCGACAAUACAGGAUGGGGCAGUUCUAACAAAGAAAUUAAAGAACUUAAUUCUGUAGUCAUGAGUAAACUAUACAUUCGUACAGUACCUUCAUUGCUCGAAAUUGCAAGAAAUGCUACUAGAACUAUAAUUAUUUCUAAAUACGAAAUAAAAGAUUUUUUUCAAUUACAAAAAACAUUCAACUGCUUAGGAUUACCAAAAAGUGUGAUUGAUAUUUUAGUAUUUAAAUUGCCAAUUUAUGACGAAUAGAUAUUUGUUUUUCCAAUAUAAUGGAAUAAACAUAUUCGUUUUUAAUUGUACAAAUGUUAAGCAAUAACUACUUUAACAAAUAACAUUAAAUGUAAUAUAUAGUUUAUCAUAGUAAAACUUCUUGAGUAUAAAAACAUAUUUUUUUAUUUGUUAAAAAAACACUAUUUUUAGAAAUAAUUAUAAUAAUAAUAGCAUAAAGUAAAAAUAGAAUAAUAAAAUGGUCUUAAAAGUAAUUCUAGGAUAGAUACAGUUACUUACGAAUUAAUAAUAAUAAAAUUUAAAUAAUCGAAAAUUGAACAGUAAACAGUCUCAUCUUCAUCCUUUAAUCUUGGAUAAAUACUGUUAUCAAUACAGAAAUUAAAAUUGCAAUAAUAUAAUCAAAUGGAAUAAUAUUUAUUUUGUCUAUUCGAAAAUGAUUUCAUGCAAAGAGAUUACCUGUAUUAGUCCAGACAAAACAAACAACCAUUAGAUUAUUUAAAAUAGGAAAGUGCAAAAUGAAAUAACUUCCAAUAUCAAUACCAAGUACCUACCUUUAGAUAAUCAUUCAUAAAAUCUUUUGUAGCUCAUUUCAAAUGUGCAUUGAUUACAGUUCGUUGUUAUAUGCACAUAUCACAACGUCGUAAAAUUAGUAUUGAAUAGUUUUUUAUUUAAUUUUCGUAAUUAAAUAAUUGUAUACGUUUUGAUUUAUUUAUUAUUUGUACAGCUAGAGGAUGGAAUCCCCUUUAAAUUUAAAAUUUCUUCCCGAAAUUUUGGCUAACUAUGGAGAAAAUAAAGAUUGCCUUAAUACAGCUACAAAACUGGAAAACUUAAACCAACAACUUGUAAUUCAAAAUCAGACCAUAAUGCAAGUUUCAAAAAUUAUCGCACUUUGUAAAACCAGAGAGAAGAAAGUACAGAAGAGCAAGGAGUAUAUCGAAGCUGAAAAAUUGCUACUUUUCCUUACUCAUAGGAAAAAAGCGCUUGUCGAAGAAAUAAAAAAUAUAAUGGAAAAUCAAAGUGAAGAGGAAAACAGCAACUAUUCCGGAUACAUACGCGUAUGGAACUUGAGAUUUUCAAUCAAUAAUUUAAAAGCUCCUGCUGUUUCAAAGAAGCGAAAUCAAUUUGAAAAAUCGUAUGUUUGUAUUUUCACCUGUGGACUCGACGUAAUAUGCUCAGAAAUUCAACGAAAAGACGAUUCAUCUAAACUACAAUUUCAAAAAGAGUUUGAAUUUUUCAAUUUGAAGUCAAACUUCGAAAUAAAAAUGUAUUUGUACUUUUUGGAAACGAAGAAAUCCUGCGCAAAAAGUUCCCAUCAAAACAUGUUCAGGAAGAAACAAUUUCGUCCAAACUUUCG